AUGAAUAUAUUACCUGUGAUAUAUUUAUUAAAGCACUUAAGUGUUAGAGGAAGUAGUUUUUUCAGAUUUGUUAACGAUCAUUAUUUUAAAAUUAUUACUAAAAAUAUAAUUGAGAAAACUAGUUCAUUAAAUAAUGAGAAUAAUAAAGAAGAAUUUAGGAAAAAAUGCCUAGAUUUGGCUAAUUAUGUAAUUCAUAAUAAGAUAGCACCCUCAUAUCAUAAUCAAGUAAUUUGGGAAAGAGCAAUAAAGGGUUGGACAGAAUCUCACUAUGAAAAGCUAAAUAAAUAUGGAGGAUUCCCUUUGAUUUUAGAGGAAAAAGAUAAAAAAAAUUUAGAAUUAAAAUAUGAAGAAGUUGAUUUUUGUGAUAAAAGAAAGAAAUAUUUGGAUGAAAUACAACGAUUGAAAGGGAAAUUACCAAGUAAUUCUGAUAAGUAUUCAUGUAGAUAUAAAUUACAACCUCGUGAAGGUAAAUCUGAAAAGGAAGAAAUAGCUUCACAAACACAAGAUAAAGAAAAAAAUGGGGAAUCACCUAUAUCACAUGAUUCACCCAAACAAGCUGAACAAAUUGAACCUACAGAGGGAGCUACCAGUAAUCAAAUAGAUCAAGAUACAAAACAAAAUCACCAUGAGGAGAUAAAUAAACAGGAAUCUGAAUCUCCACCUGGUCUCCAAACACAAGCUCACGUAUCAUCACUUGAAUCUCCUUCUAAUGAAGUUGAAGCUAAAUCGGAAGGUUCUUUAGAGUCUCAGACACCAACACUUCUUUCAAAUUCCCAACCAUCCCCAGAAGUAUCAGGUGAAUCUGGAGCUCUUGCUUCAGUUCCGCCAGAUACAAAAGCACAAAAACCUUCCGAAAGACAGUUAAAAAAAAAAAAGAUAAAAAGAAGACAACCAAAAUUUCUUAAAAUACUAAUACCUUCACAUUCGGGCAGAAAAAGGGAAUUUUUAACUCAUAAUCAUUUGGAACACCCAUAUUAUGAUGAUGAAGAAAUUACUAAAAAAAUAAAAAUACUUGAACAUAACAUGAUAAAAAAUUUACAUGAGUCGAAGCAAAAAAAGAAAAGGAUCAAAACUAUUAUAGAAGUACAUAUGGAAGUGCUUCAAGAAUGGAAAAAUGAAGAAUGGAAUUACAAAAAAGGAGAAUUUUUAGAAAUAUGCUUAGAAGUGUUCACAAAAAAGUUAUAUGGACUUUAUCCUAAUUUAACAAAUGAUGAACUAAUAACGGAAAAUAUUAAAAGUAGCAGUGAUAUUAAAAAACAAAAAAAAUUAUGGAAUAAAUGGAUAGAAAGACAUAGAAAUAUUUCUGAAAAAUUGAAUAAAGUGGACUGGUAUAAUAAUUUGAAAAAUGAAUGGAAAAAAGAAAAAUUUUACAUAAAAGAAAUGGAAGAAUUAAAAAAUAUAUCAUCGAAUAAAAAACAAAAUAAUCUAUUUUUGGAAAGAGAGAAAGAUUUGUGGAAAAAUUGGAUAUUACAAAAGGCGGAGAUUAUAGAACAAUAUUUUGAACAAGAUUGGUUUAAAGGACUAACUGAGGAAUACCAGAAUUUGUUAAAUGAAUAUAAAAAUGAUGAAUACGAAAAUGAUGUGUCAAUUAUAAAUGUAGAAGAAUUGGAACACAAAGAAAAUUAUGAAGAAUUAUAUAAAUAUAUAAAAAAAAAAUUACUAUCAAAACUUUGUAUAUUAGUACUUAUGACAAUAUUAGAAGAAUGCAAAAAAGAGGAGUAUAUAGAAGAUAGAGAAUUACAUUUAGAUAGUUUCAUAAAUAAAAGGAAAACUAAAAAAAAUUCAGAAAAAAUACCAGAAAUUUCAGACAAAUUUAUUGAAAAGUAUAUUAAUGUUUAUGAAAAUGGUAAAAAUAAGGAUAUUCAUAAUAAUAUAGGGGAAAACUUCUUGCGGGAAGAGAUCCAUGAUUGGAUAGGAAAAGAUGAAACAUAUAUAAAUUCUAUAGAGUGUAUGAAUAACGAUGAUAAAUAUGAUCAUAUAGCAGAAUAA